AGGCAGUGGCUGGCCUCCUCCCUCCUCUUCUCUUCCAGUUUCACCAUCCACACUCCACAGUCCACACCAUGCUCUCCGCCACAGUAAACACCCUCCGACCGCACUUCUCCUCCACCUUCCUCAGCCCCCACCCCACUCUAACCGUCCCUCUCCACCCUCCCCUUCCUAAACGCUCCCCUAAGCCCAUCUCAGCCACUCUCACCCCCCCUUCCAACCCCCAACAGCAACAGCUCUACCAGCCCUUCAGGCCUCCACCCUCCACUCCUAUACCCUCCAAGUUCAGCUCCCUCGACGCAGACCGCCGCCUCGAAAUCCUCGCCAACCGCCUCGGCCUCUGGUACGAGUACGCACCGCUCAUUCCCUCCCUACUGCGAGAAGGCUUCUCCCCUUCUUCCAUCGAAGAAUCCACUGGAAUCUCCGGCGUCGAGCAGAACCGCCUCGUGGUUGCUGCCCAAGUCCGGGACUCCCUCCUUCAAUCCAUCACGGACCCAGAACUCGCCUCCUCGUUCGACACCGGCGGUGCCGAGUUAUUGUACGAAAUUCGGCUCCUGAGCGCCCAGCAACGCGCCGCCGCUGCCCGUUUCAUCGUUGAGAACAGGCUCGACGCCAAGGGCGCCCAGGAUCUCGCCCGCGCCUUGAAGGAUUUUCCUCGCAGGCGUGGGGAUAAAGGGUGGGAGAGGUUUGAUUAUACUCUCCCUGGAGAUUGUCUCUCCUUUAUGUAUUAUAGGCAGAGUAGAGAGCAUAAGAACCCGUCAGAGCAGAGGACUGCUGCUCUAGAGCAGGCACUGAAAGCUGCGGAAACUGAGAAAGCAAGAAGCAGGGUGUUGGAGGAGUUGGAGGGGACCAGUGAGGGGAAAGGAGAGAAAGAAGGGGAUAGGGAUUCCGCGGCUCGGGUUCUGGUGGUGAGGUUGAGGCUUGGAGAGGUAGCGGAGGCGAGUAGCGUGGUAGUAUUGCCGGUUUGUAGAGCUGAGGAGAGGGAGCAGGAGGUUUUGGCAGCGCCGUGGAAGUGUAGGAGCGAGGGUGAGUUUGGUGUGGUGGUGGCGGAGAAGGGGUGGGAGAGGUGGGUGGUGUUGCCGGCGUGGGAGCCUGUGAUGGAGUUAGGAAAAGGGGGAGUUGCGGUGGCCUUUCGGGAUGCGAGGGUCUUGCCUUGGAAGGCAAAUAGGUGGUACAAGGAGGAGCCUAUCUUGGUGGUGGCUGACAGGGGCAGGAAGGAGGUGGCCGCCGAUGACGGUUUUUAUUUGGUGGCUGGUGGUGGUGAUGGUGGGGACUUGAAAGUUGAAAGAGGGUUGGCAUUGAAGGAAAUGGGUGUGGAGGAUAGCUUAGGGACUGUGGUGUUGGUGGUUCGGCCGCCGAGAGAAGAGACUGACGAUCAAUUGGCCGAUGAAGAUUGGGAGUGAAAAUAAUCGAGGUAGAGUAAUACCAUGUCAAUCGGUAUUACAAGUGGAGAUUGACUGAGAGAAUUCAAGUAGAAUUUUUGUUAAUGGUGGAAGCUCGAAGUUCAAUCAGAUGGACUUCAAAUCAAUGACCUUUUUGAAGGAUUUGUUUGUUUUCUUUUAUCUUUUGUUUUCAAAGAUGGCUCUUUAUUUGAGUACAAAUCUUGUUAUAAUUUUGUAUUAUAUUCUUCAAUAGGGGAAUCUUAGCAUUUAUAUCCU